UUGCUGAAUUAUUUGUAUACAUCCUUGGGAUUUUCCACCUUUUGAAACUGCAGGCAAGAAGUUACAGACGCUCUUUUUAGAUGUAGAACUACGGCGCCCUCUGGUGACGAUCAUCAACUAUAAUCGAAUCGAUUGCUCCGGCAUCAUCUUGCUAUGCCUUGUUGUACUGCCGCUCUAGUCUCGCUCCAUAAACAUUCGGAAAUAACUCGAUUCAUUUGAAACUAAAAUGUUUUAAAAACCACUGGCUGGGUUGAAUAUUAGCUAGUUCUCAUAAAAAAAAAUGGAAAGGAAAAAGUUUAAUAUUAACCUCGACGACUCUGCUUUCACUAAGAAAAGAACACCGGUGAAGCCCCUGUUUCAGCCGUCAUCAAAGGCAGGCCUUACUGUCUCAACCAAGUCUGAAUCUUCUAAUCUGCCAGUACCACCUCUAUCGGCCGGCCAACCACAAUCCUAUGCAGAGUUCGUCGUCCAGAGCAGUAGCCACGCACGUCAUCCUCCACCUCGCCUUCCUUCCAACCUGCACAAGGAAGACGCUGCGCCCAGGGCGACAGCCAACAACGCAGAAAGAAGCACAGGAGAGGAGCUUGCCACUUCCAAGCCGGAUCCUAGUGUAGAGGUUCCUGGCGGGUCUGACAUGGGUUCAUCCUCCGCAGUAAGGGCUGUGAAGCCCUGUGAAGAGCUUGGAGAGGCUGGGGGGGCCAGUGAUGGAGGUGGACCUCCAGGAGGUGAGCAGGAGGAGUGCCUGGGUGCUGGGAGGGAACAGCAACAGGCGGAGGGUCACAAGGUUGGCCCAAGCAGCCUGGGCCCCAGAGCGGUGGGGUCGGGGAACAGCAUCAUUGUCAGCCCUCGACAGAGAGGAAAUCCAGUUCUGAAGUUUGUAAGGAGCGUUCCCUGGGAGUUUGGAGAAGUGGUGCCUGACUAUGUCCUGGGACAGACCACGUGUGCUCUCUUCCUCAGUCUGAGAUACCAUAACCUCAACCCUAACUACAUCCACGACCGUCUAAAACAGCUAGGACAAACCUUCAUGCUCAGGGUCCUCCUGUUGCAAGUGGAUGUGAAAGAUCCACACCAUUCGCUGAAAGAGCUGGCUCGGAUCUGCAUCAUGGCUGACUGCACUCUCAUCCUGGCCUGGAGCCCCGAGGAGGCAGGGCGCUACCUGGAGACGUUCAAGUCUUACGAGAAGAAACCUGCUGACCUGCUGAAGGAGCAGGUGGAGAAGGACUACCUAUCUAAGGUGACUGACUGUCUGACCACAGUUAAGUCUGUCAACAAGACUGAUGCCAUAACCAUGCUGUCCACCUUCUCUUCCAUUGAGGGUAUCAUCAAGGCUUCUAAAGAAGACCUGGUGUUGUGUCCCGGGCUGGGGCCACAGAAGGCCCGGCGUCUCUAUGAUGUGCUCCACCAGCCCUUCUUAAAGUCCAGGAAGAAGGAGAGCUGACUGGGCCUUUUUCCCAGUCUUCAUCAGUGCCUGGCCCCUGUCUGGCCCCUGUCUGACUAACCUAUUUCACAUUGUAACCUACAGCAACAAUGCUUGUUGGUUUGUGAAAUGAGGACAGGAAAUCUGUUGUACAGAACUGUGGUUUAGUGCUGAACCAAGCCUUGGCUUGCUUCCAAUAUGAAACUUUGCAGAGUUCUAUAUUUGAAGAGAAUGGAGCAUCAUGAAAAGAGGCUGGUGGUGUUCAUUAACCACAUGGAGAGAUUCAGUAUUUGACUUGUAAUGCCUUUUGGAAAGGAAUUGAAAAGACAAUAUGUGGUGUUUUUAUUCUUUUUACAACAUGUGUGUGCUUCUUAAGUACAUAUUCUACGUUGCCUGUAAAAUAUUUUUUGUAUUUUAUAGCUUUUUUCUCAAUAAAGAUGAUUAACAAU